UGUUAUGGACACCGACGGGUUACCGUCUCGGAAACUCUCAAUCACGCAAGCGAAAGGAGAGGAGGCGGCUAAUUAAAUAUUGAGCAGAAAGUCGCGUGGGGAGAGUGUCACGUGGCUCUUCUGGCUCGUCACGCCUGCGAUAAAUACCGCGAAGCACCGAGAGGGGAAAAGAGCGCACUUAGACCUCCUCCGCCGCCGCCUCCCCCACCGUGGCCAGGGACAGUGUGAAGCCUGAGCGCCGCGAGAGCGCACCUGCUGAGCAUCCCCGCUCGCCGGUCCGCAAAAUCCAACAUGAAAAUCCUCGUGGCCGUGGCGGUCUUCUUUCUCGUCUCCACUCAACUGUUUGCAGAGGAAAUCGGUGCCAACGAUGAUCUAAAUUAUUGGUCCGACUGGUCCGACAGUGACCAGAUCAAGGAGGAGCUGCCUGAGCCCUUUGAGCAUCUUCUACAGAGAAUCGCCCGGAGACCCAAGCCUCAGCAGUUCUUUGGAUUAAUGGGCAAGCGUGAUGCUGAUUCCUCAAUUGAAAAACAAGUGGCCCUGUUAAAGUCUCUUUAUGGACAUGGCCAGAUCUCUCACAAAAGGCAUAAAACAGAUUCCUUUGUUGGACUAAUGGGCAAAAGAGCUUUAAAUUCUGUGGCUUAUGAACGAAACGCAAUGCAGAAUUAUGAAAGAAGACGUAAAUAAUCUCCCUAACACAUUAUCUAUUCAGCUUCAUUUGUGUCAAUGAGUGAUGAAAGGUAAAAUAGAACAUGCACUACGAAGAAUAAUUAUUUAUUUAACAAUUGUUGUUAUGAGUGGAAAACUCAAAAAAGUGUUUAUUUUUUCAUAUUGUGCCAAUAAGUGUUGUAAACAUGUGUUGUAGUUUUAGUGUGACUUCCUAAGAGGUAGAAAUCAGUGGGAACUCCUCAGCAAAGCACAGUGUUCAAUGGAAUUGUAAAAACCUGUCUCCAAAGAAAGAAAUCAUUGCUCUGACAGCUCCAUUGGAAGGGAAGAUACUCCUAUGUGGCUUUGUGCUUCCCCUGGUUGCUUUUGUGCUGAAAAUAUGCUGAGACUUUGGUAUCUGACUGUUUCCUAUCAGCAUGUUUCAUGUUGUGUGACUAUAUAGAGAUGUUUUAAAAAGUUUUAUCGUGAUUCUAUGGUCUUCAUUCAUUGUGUGAUGUGUUGUGAUAGCUACCAUUUUAAAUAAAAGAAUAUAUCUUCAGGAACCUUGUCAUAUUCGUUCAUUAAUAUUUAUCUCAAAUCAACAACUAUUCUUCUACAAGAUGAAGUAUGCUCAAGCUGUUUUAGUUAAAAUAUAUUUCUUUCUCUCUCUCUCUCUCUCUCUCUCUCUCUCUCUCU